GAGAUGAUUAUUAUACAAAAUUGUUGAAAAAUUUAGAGCCUCUAUCUAUUAAGGUCCGAAAAGCUGUAAAAUUUAAAGAUGGACCAGAAUUCAAGGAUAUUGAAAGAUAUGUUAUGCGCAGCGAACCACGUGGUUUAGCGUUAAUCAUAACAAAUAUUGCAUAUGAAUACUACGUCAGCCGGCCGUCUGCAAAGUACGAUGAAGACAAUUUGAAUAUACUUUUCACAGAAAUGGGGUUCAAAACAAUAGUGCGUAGGAAUUUGACAGGAAUCGAAAUCAAGAAAGAAGUUAAAGAAUUUUCUAAAAUGAAAGAAUUACGCAGAGUAGAUGCCGCAUUUAUUAUAAUAUCAUCCCAUGGUCAUGGAGAGUAUGGAAAACAAGAAACGGAAAUUCAAGGCACUGAUUAUCUAUCACCGAAUUACAAAUCAGUAUUUUGUACAGACAUAAUAGAUUAUUUCACAGCGGAACAAUGUCCUAAUCUUUGUGGUAAACCAAAGAUAUUUAUUUUUCAAACUUGCAGGGGUAAUACUCAUCAAAAAGCUGUUUCGAGAAAUGUCACGGAUACAAUAUCAACAGAACAUCCUGAUUCCGAACAACCAUAUGACUUAUCUUCUCGUAAUUAUGAAGAUACUCUGAUAGCUUAUGCCACAUUACCUGGUUACGUUUCUUAUCGAGACAAGUACACUGGAAGUUGGUUCAUACAAAUUCUGUGCGAAGUAUUCAUGAACUAUGCAUGUGAAAGACACAUACAAGAUUUGUUUGUCAUGACUGAUAGGAGAUUAAAAGACUUGAGGACUGGGCACAACGGUUGUCAAACAUUAUGGGUGAUCAAUCAAGGAUUCCAUAAACAUUGCUAUUUAAAUCCUGGUUUGUUUCACAAGCCUGGUGGAGAAAAUAAAUAGAAAGCAUCUACUGCCA